ACGAGCGGACGAUCCAAGGUUCGAGGCGCGCUUUACUUUCGGGGACGAGCGUUGACGUGCACGAGCAUUGGCUGCAUUGGAGCGCGAUGACUUCCAAGUGCCCGAGAUGCGAGAAGCCCGUGUUCUUCGCCGAGAAGGUGAGCUCCCUCGGGAAGAACUGGCAUCGCUUCUGCCUGAAAUGCGAACGCUGUAACCGGACCCUGUCGGCGGGUGGCCACGCCGAGCAUGAUGGAAUGCCAUAUUGUCACCAACCAUGCUAUGCAACCCUUUUUGGGCCAAAAGGUGUCAACAUCGGGGGCGCGGGUUCUUACAUCUACGACACCCCCCCUACAACCCCGAGCAACAGGUCCUCGGACAGCCCUUCGGACGGGUCUCCCACCACACCCUGGACCGCUUCCCAGAUAACUCGGCAGCAGCCCAAAGUGGCCCCCGCCUACAUCAAGACCUUCGCCGGAGAGACGUCGCACUGCCCAGGGUGUGGAAAAGUGGUGUAUUUUGCGGAGAAGGUGAUGUCGCUCGGUCGGAACUGGCACCGGCCCUGCCUGCGGUGCGAGAGGUGCAGGAAAACGCUGACUCCUGGUGGACAUGCCGAGCACGAGGGGCGACCUUACUGCCAUGUACCAUGCUACGGAUACCUGUUUGGUCCAAAAGGGGUUAAUAUCGGGGAGGUCGGCUGCUACAUCUACGAUAAGGACCAGAGCGAGCAGAACGAACUGUCAAGCCACUCAUAAGAGGUCGUGGAAAUUACGUCAACGCCUUUCCAUUUCAAACAUACCGAUAACGCUAAAAUAAACAAUGAUUUACUAUGGUGUCAUUGCUUGGGUUGCUCCAGUGAAUCUACCAUGUUUCAUUGUUCCACAAUGUAUGAGCUUAUUAGACUAAUAAAACUGUAAUUUACUGUAAUGGCACUGGUCCUCAAACUGCCCUGUGCAUUAGUAAUAUUGCCAUAUUUAAAGCUGUGUAUGUAUGAAUAUGCUGUUAUUUUGAGGCAAGGAGCCUCGCUGACCAUGAAUAUUCAACUUGGAUAUUUUACACAAGAAUGGAUAUUUAAUAGAAAAUAUUCCCAAGUCAUGCUUAGAAUUGUCUCUUUUUCUGUUAAGUAUAAAGGUGCUUGCUGUUUUUAAGAAGGAAAAUAUACGCGAAGGUUGUUUCUGAACAUCUAGGAGUGUUGUGCCAGUAAAAGUGCAGUUUUGAUUUCACAAAAACAGCUGCAAAGGCUGUAAAGUGACAGCAAUCAAGGCCAUUUUUAAACUUGAAAUCUUAAAAGUUAGCGUCACAGAUAUUAUUGCGCAUUUGGGAAAAUUAACAUUUUUUCAUUAGAAAAAAGGUGAGACCACAGUCUUGACCAGUUUUGCAGAAUUUGGGAGCCCCAGUAAGUUGUCUCUCAAUCUGUGCUCUCUCAGGUUUCUACCUGGCAACUGUCUGGCAUCUUUGUUUCCAUUGUAUGUAACGUUACCGCAUCAACACUCAACGUGCAUGUCUGACUGUGUCCAGCUAUCUCCUGUUCUGUGGUGGGUGUGAGGGCGUCUGAAGGUUAAAGGUUCAUUUCUGUAUGCCGAUGGAUGUUAAUUCAACAACAAAACUGACCAAACAGAGCACCAAGCUGUCUUACGUCGUGUUUUGUUGAACCUAAAGGAAGAGAGGCCGCUCAUGGAAGAGACUUGAGGUCAUUUCCAAUUUUGUGUCCUUGCAUGUUAUCAAGUCUCAUAGAAUGUUGGCCUGUAUCUCUGAAGAGUAAAUGUGUUUCUCUUCUCAGUGUGAUGGCAGUUAUUUUGUUGUGCUUUAUUUAUAGCAUGUGAAAAAAGAACCAUUCUGUCAUUCAUCUUGCCAAAAUACUGGUUGGUAUCAACGA